AUGGUUCAGGGGCGCGGUAGAGUCUUCGGAGACGGGCUACCGGGGUGUGUGGCCAGGGGUUUAGAGCUAAAGAAGCACAUUUUUGAAUUAUGUUUCAAGCAAAGAGUUGUUCCCUUCCCUUUUAUUCUUUCAAUCCUUCCAUGCCCUAGCGCCCACCACGUCACUUUUUUAUGCAGGUACCGUGCAGAGCCUGAGACACCAUGCGGACCAAUUAAACUCUCAGUCCUUAGGCACGACCCUCCCGAGACUUUUGCUGUUCUGGCGUACGCCACCUGA